UAGCAGGCCAGUUUAUCAAAGCAAGCUGUUGUUGAUAGUUGACUGUCAACGACGAGAUUUGUUCUAAUAUUCUACUUGUUCAAGUGACUGUACUUGUUUUUGUUGUGCUAGUGUUGUCUCUGAGUGAUAAUACGUAGGCUCUAACUUGUCUGUUUGUGUAGCAUGGCCAAUUUAAGUGAAUAUGUGAGCACCAUAGGGAUUAUGAAAGUGAAUCAAGGAUUUCCUCAAAGUUUUCCACCAAAAAUUACGGAAAUCAAACAAGAAUCUUCUGACACUCUCUUAACACCUCCGCAUACCCCAACAUAUCCUUCUUCUCCACCCCCAGGAGCUCGUUAUCCUUGCGAUCCAACAUGGUACCGUCAUCAUCAGCGAACGGACUUAGUCGCUCUGGAAGGACCCAGAUUUCACCCGUACACUCCAACACAUCCUUCUCUGCAAUAUCCAACUUAUAAUGCAGUUCUGAUGAAUCAGUGGCUCAGAAGUGCAGCGUUUUAUCAUGUCAGGACUCAACUCCAUGAUCUCAGGGCACCGGUGGGGAGGCCGCCCAUACCAAUGAAGAUGGGUCCUGGAUCUUCGAGACCGAAGAAACAAUUCAUUUGUAAAUUCUGCAGUCGUCAGUUCACCAAAAGUUACAAUUUACUCAUACACGAAAGGACUCAUACAGACGAAAGGCCUUAUUCCUGUGAUAUUUGCGGGAAGGCGUUUCGAAGACAGGAUCACCUUAGGGAUCACAGGUAUAUCCACAGUAAGGAGAAACCCUUCAAAUGUAACGAAUGCGGCAAAGGAUUCUGCCAAUCGCGCACCCUGGCUGUACAUAAGAUUCUACACAUGGAAGAAUCACCUCAUAAAUGCCCGGUUUGCAGUAGGCCUUUUAAUCAACGUUCCAAUUUGAAGACCCACCUCCUGACCCAUACAGAACGUCCAUUGGAGUGCAGCUUGUGUUCCAAAUUGUUCGCCACUUUCCACGAUCUCCAUAGUCAUCAGGUCCAAGAGCAUCACCAACACAAUUCUAAAUCUAGCGAGGACAAUCCCUUCAUUACUGCUACUGUUGGUGGUGGUGGUAGUGGUGGAAAUGACAAUUCCAUUUCUUCUUUCAUUCCCAUUGCAGUUCAAGAAGUUCAAGUUGACAGUACGUCGUGCCUGGAUCUAACGACGUCAAAAAAAACCGACGAUGAUGAAAACGACGAUGUUGUUAGCGAAGAUGAGGAAGUGAAGGUACUGGACGUUGAAGAAAACCAUAAAGAGGAAACAGAAAAGUCAAAAUGCUUUGAAGGUACGGAAGUCACGAGCACGACCAGGAAACCACGUGGCUUUACAAUUGACGAAAUUAUGAGACGAUAAACGUCACAACAACAACAACAUCUCAUGAAGUAUUAUUUAUUUUCGUCGUUUAGUAAGUUACCUUGUACUCACCAAAGAUAUUUAUUAUAUCUUUCGAAAAUGUUUAACUUUUCUACCUCUUUUUGUUUGAAGACUGGACAAGUUUUAAGUUACCAAUUAAAUUAUAUAUAUAUUGUAGAAGAUGUGAUUUGUUUGCAAAAAUUAUUUUAUAGCUAUGUAAUUCAUAAUAAAAUUUACUUCUGAUUUUAUUCCUAAGGUUUCUAAGAAUACGAUGUUUUUGUUAAAAUUUAUUGUGAGAAAUUACACCCUACUUAAUUAAUUCUGUAAAUAGUUGUAUA